AUGUCUCGCCUCGUUGCUGGCCUAUCAAUGGCCCAGCAAUACCAGAAAAGAGGGCAUGUCUCGUUCGACGGUCUUGGGAAUGGACUCGAACGUCGUCCGCCAGGCUACACCUCAAAAACGAAGAUAAACCAAAAGUACCAUAUUGUGGGCUUCAUCAGUAGUGGAACUUAUGGUCGUGUCUACAAAGCAAUCGAAAGGACUCCAAAGCUCGACCCUACCAGUCCCACUACCGGCAAAGAGAUAUAUGCGAUCAAAAAGUUCAAGCCUGAGAAAGAAGGUGAUAAUAUUCAGUACACUGGACUGUCACAAUCAGCUAUUCGCGAAAUGUCCCUAUGCACCGAAUUAUCACAUCCGAACAUCAUCCACCUGGUCGAAAUCAUUCUUGAAGACAAAUGUGUCUUCAUGGUCUUCGAAUACUGCGAGCACGAUCUACUUCAGAUCAUACACCAUCACACACAACCUCCAAGGAGAGCAAUUCCAGCCAGCAUGAUCAAGUCCAUCCUCUUCCAGCUGCUCAAUGGCCUUCACUACCUCCAUCAAAACUGGGUCAUGCAUCGCGACCUAAAGCCAGCGAACAUCAUGGUUACAAGCUCUGGUGCCGUCCGCAUCGGCGACCUAGGUCUAGCCCGGCGCUUCGACAAACCUCUCGCAUCCCUCUACACAGGCGACAAAGUCGUCGUAACAAUCUGGUACCGCAGCCCCGACCUCCUCCUCGGCGCCCGACACUACACCGUCUCCAUCGACCUCUGGGCAGUAGGCUGCAUCUUCGCCGAACUCCUGAGCCUCCGCCCCAUCUUCAAAGGUGAAGAAACCAAAAUGGACAGUAAAAAGACCGUGCCCUUCCAACGCAACCAAAUGAGCAAAAUCGUCGAAAUACUCGGCAUGCCCAAACGCGAGGACUGGCCCGGUCUAGUCUACAUGCCGGAAUUUCCACAACUCCAACAACUCAUCAUAUCACGAGGCGGCAUCCCUCCGAACAUGUAUCCGUCAGCCACUAAUUUACAGCCACGAGCGCCCGCCACGGGGCUUGAGACCUGGUACAACCACCAACUCAGACAGGCGCAAUACCCCGACGAUAAAACUCCUGGGAAACUCGGCUAUGACCUUCUCGAUAAGCUUUUUGAGUAUGAUCCUGACAAGAGGCUUACUGCGGAAAAGGCCCUGAGACAUGACUAUUUUCGCUGUACGCAGGAAGGAGAGCAUAAUGGUGAGAUAUGGGUUAGCAAUAAUUGCUUUGAGGGAUUGAGUGAGACGUAUCCGCAUAGGCGUGUUAGUACUGAGACGAAUGAUAUUGGUACUAGCAGUUUGCCGGGCACGAAGCGAGGAGGUCUACCAGAUGACAGUUUGGCACCAGCAGCGAAAAGGCGUUGA